CGCGCUGCUCUUAUAAUUUUUAAAUAUUAAAAUAUUAUUAAUUUAAAUAUCAUAUUCCAAAAAUAAUCAUCAAUAUUUGAUUAAAUUCUUUCUCCCUUUUCACUUCUCAGCCAAUCAUUUGAAAAUUUCUCUACGCUGCACCGCUCCAAUUUCUCUUACAGCUACAGUUUUGCUUAAUCGGCCAAAGAACUUUGACUGCUGUUAUUCGAUUUCCCAUUUUGCUGCUGCUUCUUCUCGGAAGGACCCACCCUGAUUUCUUCAUCAGAAUUGGAGUUAAGCGCAGGUUUUUGACACUAUGGUGUGUUAAUGCUGAGUUUGAUAAGUAUUAUGGUAUGCUAAUUUUCAGAAUGCGUUAAUUCUCUUCAUGAGAGCCCUAGUAGAUGAAUCCCUUUUGCACCAUAUAUAUUAUUGUUUAUGCUAAUAGUAUUGUUUGCAUUAUGCGUGUCAGCAAUUGGAGAUUCUUGUUAUUAAUGGCGGAUCUCAAAGAGCGCCUGCUUCCACCAAAACCUGCGUCUGCUAUAAAUCUAAGAGAUGCUUCUUACCCACCAAAUCCUGCGUCUGCUAUAAAUCUAAGAGAUGCAUCUUACCCACCAAAACCUGCGUCUGCUAUAAAUCUAAGAGAUGCUUCUUAUAGAGCAUCUGCCUCUGGACGCCAACCUUUUCAAGCUGUUGAUGUUUUGGGUUUGAAGAAGCGUGGCCAAGGACUGCGGUCUUGGAUUCGUGUUGAUUCUUUUGGGAACUCUCAGGUUAUUGAGGUUGACAAGUUCACUAUGAUGCGUCGUUGUGAUCUACCUGCUCGUGAUCUACGUUUGCUUGAUCCUCUGUUUGUUUACCCUUCAACAAUUCUUGGUAGAGAGAAGGCCAUAGUUGUAAAUUUGGAGCAGAUUCGAUGUAUUAUUACGGCUGACGAGGUUCUGCUACUGAAUUCCCUUGAUAGUUAUGUAUUGCAGUAUGUGGUGGAGCUACAAAGGCGGUUGCAAACAGCUGGAGUAGGGGAGGUUUGGCAGUCAGAAGGUGCUGACUUGAAUAGAAGGAGAAGUAGGAAUUUUGACUAUGUCUAUGGGAACCCAUCCCCUGAUUAUUUGCCCUUCGAAUUUAGGGCUCUUGAAGUUGCUUUGGAAGCUGCCUGUACUUUCCUUGACUCUCAGGCAGCAGAACUAGAAAUUGAAGCAUACCCAUUACUAGAUGAACUGACAUCGAAGAUCAGUACAUUAAACUUGGAACGUGUGCGCCGAUUGAAGAGCAGACUCGUUGCCUUGACCCGGAGAGUUCAGAAGGUUAGGGAUGAGAUAGAGCAGCUCAUGGAUGAUGAUGGAGAUAUGGCUGAAAUGUACCUUACUGAAAAGAAAGGGCGGAUGGAGUCAUCAUUCUAUGGUGAUCAGUCUUUGAUGGGAUUUAGAUCAAAUGAUGGUGGCCUAUCUGCUUCUGCCCCAGUUUCUCCUGUUUCCUCACCCCCCGAGUCCCGGAGGCUUGAGAAAAGCUUGAGCAUUGCAAGGAGUCGGCAUGAGAGCAUGAGGAGUUCAGAAAGUGCUACAGAGAGUAUAGAACAAUUGGAGAUGUUGCUGGAGGCAUACUUUGUUGUCAUUGAUAGCACCCUAAACAAGUUGACAUCGUUGAAGGAGUAUAUUGACGACACAGAGGAUUUCAUCAACAUACAGCUGGAUAAUGUCCGAAACCAACUCAUCCAGUUCGAGCUUCUACUCACAACAGCAACCUUUGUUGUAGCCAUCUUUGGAGUAGUAGCAGGUAUCUUUGGCAUGAAUUUUGCUAUACCAAUGUUUGAUGACCCAGGCGCAUUUAAGUGGGUCCUUGUUAUUACUGGAGUAACUGGAAUCACCAUUUUUUGUGCAUUUGUAUGGUUCUUCAAGUACAGAAGACUUAUGCCGCUGUAGAUUUAUUAGGAAAUUGCAAGUAGACGUGAAGAUUAUACUUAACCAAUUGCUUCUAUUAAUUGCUUCUGUACUCUUAUAUGAAAUGAAAGCUAUAUAAUGCAAAGGUGACUCUUUGUUAGGUCAA